CUUCUGGCAGUGGCAAGUUCGAAAUUUCAUCCAUCACCGAACGGAAAAGGUUUUUGCCAAAGAAGCGCCAGCGGUGGCAGUGUUCGGGAACUCGUUGGAAACCGUAGACAAACCCUUCCAUAGAAUAACUAAAACGCACCGUGUUGACUGUUUGAAAAACGACGACGUUCCUACUCAGAGCUAGCGCCUUCUAUCGGACGCUUAUUUUACCGGACUGUUCAUCAGAAAUCUGAAGCUCAGCUUAAACAAGUUCAAUAAAAAACAAAAAAAGAAGCAAAGGAAGAUAGCAAUGAGAGAAGCUUGGCUUGGAUUUUCCUUAGUAAUUAUUGCUUAUUUGAUCGAAUUAGCUUCUUCUACCGUUGUCUUGAAGCCCUUCUCCCUUUCCUUCACCGACCUUCCCGCCAAAUUCGCUCGUGGCAUGAAUAACUCGGGAGUUUGCGGAGCACUAGAAGUGGCGGAUCCCUUGGAUGCUUGUACUCCGCUCCGGAACGAAUUCAGUUCGAACAGAACUGACCCGGUAAAGCUUGCUUUGAUAAUUCGGGGCGAUUGUUCUUUCGAGGAGAAAAUCCGAAACGCUCAAAGGGGGGGUUUUUCUGCUGCAAUUGUUUACGAUGAUAGAAAUGGAGGCAAUUUAGUCUACAUGAUGAUGAACCCUAAAGGAAUAGAAGUGCAAGCUGUUUUCGUUUCGAAAUCUGCCGGUGAAUUUUUGAAAGAUCAUGCGAAAGGGGAAAUGGGAGAAUGCUGCAUCUAUGCGCAGCAGAAUGGGAGGGCGUGGACGGUAUUUGCUAUCUGUUUUCUAUCACUUGUUGUUAUAGCAGUUUUCUUGGUGAUAGCCUUCAUUGCCCCCAGAAGCUUGUCAAAUUGGCGAGGAAGGAACUCAGUAAGAAGUGUGGAUACCAAGAUGGUCGAAGCUCUUCCCCGUGUCACGUUUAGUUCUGCUCGUUUGAGUCAGUGCUGCACUGGAGAAACUUGUGCAAUUUGCCUCGAGGAUUAUGAGGAUGGGGAAAUUCUUAAAGUUCUUCCUUGUCAACAUGAUUUUCAUUCAAGCUGUGUGGAGUCAUGGCUGACUAAGUGGGGAACAUUCUGCCCUGUUUGCAAACUCGAUAUGGCAACCAAAAUUGCAUAUUCUGAGAUCAAGCGGAGUAGCCGGUGCGGCAACAAUCAGCUGCGGUUAACAAACAGUAUAUCUUCUAGUAACUUGAAGCAGUCUCAGCCCACUUGUUUCCAUCUUCACCAGGUUUUAGUUUUUCCGAGGCAAAAGAAACCAAGGAAACAGCCGCAGGAUCUGAGAAACAACGGCAGGAAGUCAGCAAAGACUUUAACAUAUAUAAAAGAGAAUUUCGUAUCCGUCAUGGGUUCUCUGGAUAAAAGCUCAGGAUCAGAAGUUGUUACCAUUGAUGUUAUUCAAGCAAAAAGCUUGCUUCAGUCAGGCUAUGGUUAUAUUGAUGUCAGGACAGUGGAAGAGUACAAGAAGGGACAUGUGGAUGCAGAGAAGAUCCUGAAUAUCCCGUACAUGUUCAACACACCAGAAGGUAGGGUGAAGAAUCCUGAAUUCCUGAAGCAGGUUUCAUCAUUUUGCAAGGAGGACGAUCUUCUCGUUGUGGGCUGCCAAAGUGGGGUCAGAUCCCUUUAUGCAACUGCUGAUCUCCUUACAAUAGGCUUUAAGAAUGUGAGCAACAUGGGAGGUGGUUAUCUUGCUUGGGUGGAUAAUGGGUUUCCUCUGAAGAUGGAGGAGCCUGUAAAAGUAGAAGACAAGCACAAAGAAGAGCUGUGAUUGUUGUCAUGUUGUUCAUGUAGUUUUCAACAGGGAAAAAGCAAAUUUAUUACUAUUAUUUCCCCUUCUCUCUUCUCCCUGUCUAGAAAGAUCCUGUCCAGUUUGCCACCCAAUGUUAAAUUAUUAUUAUUUUAUGGAAAACCCUGUUUGCACUUAUUGGGUA